UUUGCGUUCAAUACUCGUCAAAAGGUGUUCAGUUGGAUUUCUUCGUCUUCACCAUGCAGAUGACACUCAAGACGUACAUCUUGGCUGGCAUUGUGGGGCUUGUGGUUGUGGGAGCCGUAACCGCAGGAAUUGUUAUCGCCGUCACGGGAGACGAUGAAAGAACUUUCCGAGUUGGGGAGACAGACUUUGAGAUGGAUGGAAGAAAAUUCCAAUAUGUUGCUGGAUCAUUCCACUAUUUUCGUGCCUUUAGAGAUACGUGGAAGGAUAAGUUGACUGUUAUGAAGUCAGCAGGGCUCAACGUGAUCGACACUUAUGUUGAAUGGGCCACUCAUCAGCCUGAGCCUAAUAUCUACGAGUGGGAGGAGUUUGCUGAUUUGCCAUAUUUCUUGGACCUCUGUCAAGAACUUGGUCUCUAUGUUAUUCUAAGGCCCGGUCCCUAUAUUUGUGCCGAAAGGGACAAUGGAGGUCUUCCUUAUUGGCUCUUUUCCCAAUAUCCCGGUAUUCGUGUUAGAACCAGUGAUCCUAACUACCUAGCAGCCGUUAGUACCUGGUAUGAAGUCCUGUUUGCAAAAAUUGAUCCCUACCUUUACGGCAAAGGUGGAAAUAUCAUCAUGGUUCAAGUGGAAAAUGAAUACGGAGUUUUCCCAGCUUGUGACAAGAACUACAUGUCCUGGUUAAAGAAUGAAACUGAAAAGUAUGUAGGAGACAGUGCAGUCCUGUUCACCGUUGACAUUCCAAACGAGCAUUUUGAAUGUGGAAUAACUGAAGGAGCUUUCGUAACGACGGAUUUUGGAAUUGAUCGAAUUGAUGAGAUUGAAUCAAUUUGGGCAUUGGUGCGGAGGCAUCAACCAACAGGACCUCUCGUUAACUCCGAAUUCUAUCCUGGCUGGCUGACGCACUGGCAGGAAGACAAUCAACGUCGUGAUGGCGAUGAAGUGGCUAAUGUCCUGCGUCGUAUGCUCCAGGAUGGAGCCAGUGUUAACUUCUACAUGUACUUCGGAGGAACAAACUUCGGGUUUACAGCGGGUGCUAAUGAUUGGGGUAUUGGAACCUAUGAAGCUGAUCUCACAAGCUACGACUACGACGCCCCAAUGGACGAAGCAGGAAAUCCAACAAUGAAACUCUUAAAAAUUAGAAAUGUCAUCGGGGAGUUCUUUACACUCCCUACAACGCCUGUUCCUGAAGCUAAAGUCGGUCGUGCCUAUCCAGACAUAGCUCUUCAUCCUGUUGCUAAGUUGUUUUCACCAGAAGGACAGUUUUUGAUCGAAAACACAAGGGUCGGAUCUGAACUGCAAACUUUUGAGAGUUUGCGCCAAAUGUCUGGUUUAGUUCUCUAUGAAACUAACUUGCCUAAAAUUUGGAUAGAUCCAACAGUUUUGACGAUUAAUGGGCUAGCAGAUCGUGCCCUUGUCUAUCAAGAUGAUCUCCUUGUUGGAUGCUUAUCGCGUGGGAAUGCUGUUAACAAGUUACCUUUAAAUCCGGGUUCAGGAUCACGUCUAAAGAUCCUAGUUGAAAAUCAAGGAAGAGUUAACUUCAACAAACUGGACGACAUUAAAGGUAUCCUGGAUAACGUAACGAUUCAACAGCGUCAAGGAGAACUGGAAGAGCUGAGAACGUGGGAUAUAUCAGGAUAUCCUCUUACAAAUAGAGCUUCCAUGAAUGAAUUUAUUCAAAACGUUCGGACCAAUACAGUUGCCCUGCCUAACAAAAAUGGCGUUCUAACGGACGGACCUGUGUUCUUCUUGGGAACCCUCACGGUAACAGCUGACAAUAUCGGAGAUACCUACUUAGAUACAACAUCCUGGGGGAAAGGAGUUCUCUACGUCAAUGGUUUCAAUCUUGGACGCUACUGGCCUGUUGUAGGUCCACAAAUAACCCUCUAUAUCCCAGAAUCAUUACUCAGAGUGGGUGCUAAUACAAUCAUGAUGUUGGAAUACCAGAAGGCGCCUAUACCAACUAUGGUAUCCUUUAAAAGUUAUUCCCUACUGGAUGGAUAAAUCCUAACGCUUCUUCAUUGCAUUUAUAACCACUUUAAUUCAUUCCAGUUAUGAAUAAAAACUAUGUGGACUUUUUUUUCCAUAUAAACAUA